CUGCCACAUGUUUGUCUCAGCUGAAGACUUCUGUGAACGAAUUCGUGUUUUUUGUUGAUAUUUUGCUAAUACUAAUACUGAAGUGACUAACACUACAUACUUGUCAAUAACUUGAAGAAGUGCAUAAGCAAAGCAUUCCAGUUAUGGAAAAGAAAGACGACAGACCAAGGGGUAAAUCACCCGAAAGAGACAGAAGAAGAGCUGAAAUUCGCCACGAGACAAACAGAAUGGAUCCACACUCAGUGCGCUGCAGAGUGUUUAUAGGAAAUCUCGCAACAGAUAAGGUAUCUCGGCAGGAAUUAGAAGAAAUCUUCAGCAAAUAUGGCCACAUAAGUGGGUGUUCUUUGCAUAACAACUAUGGAUUUGUGCAGUACGAAAAUGAGAAGUCGGCUGAUGAAGCUGUUGCCAAGGAAGAUGGAAAACUUAUUCUUGGAAAGAAAGUUGACGUACACUUAGUUUCUGACAAAAGAAAGAAAGGACCUCCUCCAGAUAUGAGAGAUUCUGGAAGAGGUGGUAUGAGRGGAGGAGGGCGUGGUGAUAGAGAAAGACACUCACCCCCAAGAGAYAGAGGCAGAAUGGAUGACUACGGAGGAAGGUAUCCCUCRAGGUUUGGACCCCCUGAUGAUGGGUUUGGAAGAAGACUUUCACCUCCAAGACGRGAAGGAUUCAGAGAGCCGUUUGAUAGACCWGAUGACUUYCACCGAGAAAGAUACAGGGAUGACCCAUAUGACAGACGUGACCUACCUCCCCCCAGACGAAUGUAUGACGAUAGAAGAGAACCAUAUGAUUAUCCACCAAGGGGGGAUUCCAGGGGGGACCCUUAUUAUGAUCGUGAUUUUAGAAGAGAUGGUCCAAGGAGAGAUGAGUUCCGUCAUGAUGUACCCAUGAGGGAUGAUCCUCGUAGGGACGAUCUUCGACGAGAUCCGCCACGCAGAGAUGAACCACCACGCAGAGAUGAACCAUACAGCCGAUAUGACAAUUAUGGACGUGACUACCCUGACGAUUAUGGCCCCCCAUCAAAGAAAUCCCGACCAGAGUAUGAAUCAGAUUAUAACAAACCAAUACAGGCCCCAACAGAUUGUGUUGUUAUUGUGGUGAAUUCAGUAUUGAUUGACUAUGGUACUAUGGUUGAAAGGAAGUUCAAGGAUUCUGGUCUCGUGACUGACUUGCAGCUCCUUGGCAUGAGGUCAAUGGCUGAACUUCUUGAUAGCAUAACACGUCAUGGUGUUCUUUAUGCUGCUGUUGUCACUACGCAACACGAAGUCCACCGUUCUGUGACAAUCAAUAUCCUUCAUGGCACUCAACAAGAGCACAGGAAUAUGCCUCUUGAAGAUGCUUUGCGGUUGGUUUCACAAAAUUUUGAACAGUACAUGCAAGACCUUCGUAAGAGAGCUGGUGAUCUUGAUAAAGAUAAAGAGAAAGAAAAAGAGAAAGAGAAAGAGAGGGAGCGUGAAAAGGAAAAAGAAAGAGAGAGAGAAAAAGAGCGUGCUCGAGAACUUGAAAGAGAAAAAGAGCGUGAGAGAGAAAAAAGCUCACGAAGCUCCUACGGAUCCUCAUCAACGACCAARGUGGCUUCUCAGGAACCAGAUGAGAUGAAAAAACUUCUUGGUAAGGCUGCAUCGGGCGGCCAGCUUUCCUCUGAUGAGUUGUCGAAACUCAUAGAAAAUUUGUCCAAGCAGAAAAAGCAGACCGAAACUCAGAGCAGCACAGGAGGCCCCACAGUUAGUCAACCCCAAACAGAUGCUAAUUCCAUUGCAAAGCAGCAAGCUGACCUACAAGCUAAGAUUUUCAGCAUUUUGAACCCCAGUGCGUUAUCCAAAGUAUCUCUCACAGUUGCUCAGUCAGCAACAGGGACAUCUUCACUUACAGCUGCAACUGCAAAGUCAACUGGACUAUCAAAUGCGUCAUCGCCAUUGUUUCCUGCAGCUAAAGCUUUGGCAGCAGCCUCAGCUUCAUCAGGAUAUGGUGUACCUGGGGCAAGCAGUGUAUCUACAGGAGCUCAGAGUGGCGGUUAUGCAAACCGUUCUUCCCAGCAAUCCGCUGGACCUGCCAAUUACGGUGUCCAAAAGGCUCCUGUUUCAUCAUGGUAUUCUGGUAAUUCAGCAUCAACUACUUCUACCUUCAAUACCCCAACUCAAGCAGYAGCUCAGUCAUAUGGAAACAAUGCCCAAAAGACUCCUUCAUCAGGGAAUUAUGGAGUUCCAAAAGCUUCACCAACAGGUUUCGGAGUGCCAAAAGCUUCUCCAACAAGUUAUGGUGUACCAAAAGCUUCACCAACAAGUUAUGGAGUUCCAAAAGCAUCRCCAACCAGUUAUGGAGUUCCCAAAGCUUCACCAACCACUGGGAGCUAUGGAGUGCCUAAAGCUUCACCAGGUAGUUAUGGAGUCCCCAAGGCUUCAGCCACGAGCUUUGGAGUCCCAAAGGCCACCAACAACAGUUAUGGAGUGCCAAAGACCUCUGCAGCACAGCCAAGUUCUGAUAACUCUGGCUAUGGGCCUUCAGGACGAGGAGUACUUUCAAACAGAGGUGGCUUCCAAGGGCCAGGCAGAGGGGGAGUAGCCAGGGGAGGCCCGCCYCCAGGGGUGACAGCWGUACGUGGUGGUGCUCCUCCAAAUGCUAGAGGUGGAGCAACAAGAGGUGCACCCUACCAAGUACGAGGUCCUGCUCCUCGGGGUCAACCAGCAGGAGGAAUGCCUACUAGAGGAUAUCCACCCAGAGGUGGGGCRCAAGGGGGRCMGCGUUAUGGUGUUCCAGCUUUUAGAGGACCUGCACCACAGGGAGCUCCUAUUAGUACUGUCCAGGGACGUGGAAGACAGCCACCAAGAUAUUGAAACAAUGAACAAUACAGCAACCUGUGAACACUUUUUAUGAAAGAUUGAYGUUUAAGAAAWGUUGUGCUAUUCGUGAUUUUUAUGAAAGAACUUUCACUUAAAACUCUUACACUAUAAACAACUGCUGUGAAAUCCUUGCAAUGGACAGUGGAAAUGCUACAUGUAUUUGUGACUUUUAUGAACCAGCUUCAAGUGAUGGACUGAGUAUAUUGUAAAGAAUUGUUGUGUAGUCGUUUACUUUGAACUACACCUUGAGAUUUUARUAAAGCUUCAGAUUUAAAGCUCUUUGCUCAAACCACCAUUAUUAUCAUCAUAUUAGGGUGAAACAGAUAGGUUCUUUUCGGUUUUUUUUAUUAAACAACAUGAGCAUGCAUUACAUCAGGAAAGCUUUUAUUUGAUCUUGUGCAUGAAUAUGGUUAAGCUUAUGAGUAUAAGAGAAUAUUUUUUAACUUCGUUCAGUUGUAAUAGUGAAUUUUUUUAGUUUGACUUUAUCGUUGAGUCAUUUCAAUUCAUUUUUGCAUCAUUAGUACUGUGUUCCAAGACAAUAAAUUAUUGUACACAUU